AGCGUCUGACAAGAAGAUGACGGAAGGGGAUUAUGUUUACUUCACAAUUGAGCUGUUUCAAAGCGCAAAAUUCUUUGGCAAUAUAACUUGGAAUACCGGGGAGAGCGAUGGACGGGAUUCAGAUGCCCGAACCGCUUUAGUUCCCUGUUUAAGAUAUCUCUACGUAAUCCGGAUGCCACCCGAAUAUCGUAAUGUUACUGAUGAAAUAAAGCGUCGAUCCGAAAAUAUAUUUGGCUACACAUUUGCCCUGGAAGAGGAAGUGAAUCCAUUUGCCAUGGCAAACUAUUAUGCCCUUGUCAUUUUCGCCCAGGUAGUAAACCAAACAAUAGCACUUGGGGGAAAUCCCCUUGACGGAGGCGCCUUGAGCAGGCGGAUGUGGAACCGCACAUACACCAUCCUAGGCCAGGAUAUCAUCCUUAACGCUAAUGGUGAUCGUGAAGCGGACUGGUCACUGAAUCAAAUGGAUGUCGAAACGGGAAAGUUUGUGCCGGUUAUGGAAUAUUCGGCUAAGCGUAAAGCUCUGGAACCUUCUCGCGAUCCAGUGGACAACAGCAACCGCAAAAUUGUGUGGUACAAGCGUGACAGCCCACCUCCUAACGAGCCAAAAUGUGGGUAUCGUGGAAUUAAUCCAGAUUGUCGGGCUAAAGAGCAAGGUAGCCAAUACCGAAAGUUUGCCGCUGCCGCCCCAAACCUGCUGGAAGUGUGAAAGUGAUGACAGCAAAAUUGUGACUAGAUCCCGAUUUUUGUGGGUUGGGCAAGAAAUUUAGAAUGAUAAUGGUAAUGAAAUAGAAAUUUAAUAGAAUGUAAUAAUGUAAUAGAAAUUUCAAAUUAGUAGUAAUGUAUCAUGGAGAUGAAUGUUAUUAACGGUUGUAAUUUGUCGGUUUCCAUACAUAACAAAACGGUGCAUUGUGCUUAUUCAGUAAAACGGUAAGUGCAUUCUUACAUCAGUACCCCCAUUUUGCAGUUUUAAGUCGAGAAAUGCAGAAAUGUUGCCACUAAUAAGGCAGUGCCAUGCUUGUUAGUAACAAGCAUUGCGGUACCGCAAUGAACUGUAUCAAAAGAGAAUGACCAAAGCGCCUAAAUACCAGCCAAAUUU